AUGGGAUGGAACCCGUCCAAUCCGUUAGAUGUUCGUUUACAAGAUCGAGAUUUAGCCGUCGAAGAUAUAAUAGAUUUCUUGAAUAGAACAAAUUUACGAAAAAUGCAACGUACACGACUUUUUGUUACGAGCGAUUCUGAACAAGAAGUGUCAAAAAUAGUUUCCCAAUUUCCAAACCAAACUAUAACAAUACCUGGUCCAAUCCUUCAUGUUGAUCGUCCAACUAAUGCUACUCAUCUUGUUCGCGGAUUUCUUAAAAUUGUUGACAAUUAUUCAAAAAGUGCACAUUAUGUUGCAGGUCUACCAACUGGUAUUGAGAUCAGAUAA